AAAUAUUGAGAAAUUGAGUACAUAGGGAGGACUGUACAAAACAUUUUUUCGGCAUAAUGGGAAAGCUAAACGUGACAAUGUUACGUUAUUUGUCUAAGGAAGAUUUCAGGGUUCUUACUUCGGUAGAAAUGGGAAUGAAGAACCAUGAACUGGUUCCCUCUCCGCUGGUGGCAUCCAUUGCACAUCUUCAUGGUGGAGGCUGUCACAAGGUGCUCAGAGAACUCAAUAAACACAGACUUGUAGCUUACGAGCAUGGUGGGAAAAGAUUUGAGGGCUAUAGAUUAACGGUAUCGGGGUAUGAUUACUUGGCGCUGAAGGCCCUGGCCAGUAGAGAUGUUAUAUACUCUCUAGGCAAUCAGAUAGGAGUGGGCAAGGAAUCAGACAUUUACAUAAUAGCAGAUAAUGAAGAACACCAGUAUGCCUUGAAACUUCACAGGUUAGGACGGACUUCUUUCCGACAACUGAAAAACAAGCGAGAUUAUCACAAACACAGGAACAAUGUAUCCUGGCUCUACCUGUCUCGCCUGGCAGCAAUGAAGGAAUAUGCUUAUAUGAAGGCACUGUAUGACAGAAAGUUUCCAGUUCCUAAACCAGUUGAUUUUAACAGACAUGCUGUUGUAAUGGAACUACUCAGUGGUUACCCCAUGUGUAAUGUGAAGAGUGUGGCAGACCCAGGCCGGGUGUACAAUGAUUGUAUGGAGCUGAUCGUCAGACUCGGGAACUGUGGAGUCAUUCACGGAGAUUUUAACGAAUUCAAUCUGAUGAUUGACGAUGAUGAACAUGUUACAAUGAUUGAUUUUCCACAGAUGAUUUCAACAUCUCAUCCUAAUGCUGAAUGGUAUUUUGACAGAGAUGUGAACUGCAUAAGAGAUUUUUUUGCCAGGAGAUUCCACUAUGAAAGUGAACUUUUCCCAAAGUUUUCUGAUUUAAGAAGAGAUGAUGAUCUAGACGUGGAGGUGUCAGCCAGUGGAUUUACAAAAGAAAUGGCAGAAACAUUUGAUGAGGCUGCUGAGGAUUACAAUAUCAGAGGAGGCCCUGAUCAGCCCAGAACUAACGAUACUGACGAUGAUUCUGACGAGGACCCUGAGGACGAUGAUAAUGUAGAUGAGGAGGAAGAGGAGAAAGAUCCACGAGAUACAAACCCAGCUGAGGACAGACUUCAUCCUCCUGUAAGUGAAACAACAAAGAGUGAACACAUGGAAGAUGUUUCUCCGAGUGGAAAUGACAGAGUUGGUGACAAUGGUGAGGACAUUUCAUUAAGAAACAGUUUAGGUGGUAGUGACGAAGAAGAUCUAGAGGACCUGCAUAACCAGAAUAGGACUUUAAGGCCAUUCAGAAACGAGGAGAGUCUAACACACACCAAUUCACACAGAAGGAAACAUUUAGAGAGUACUAGUGUUAGUGUGACCAGUACAGCAUCAAGCAUGGACCCCAGUCUGAUAAAAGCGAAAGUAAAACAACAGAUGAAGAAGAAAUCUGCUGUACAGGAAGCUAGGAGGAUAAGAAAAAAACUCCUUGAUGACAGAUCUUACAGAAUGACCUGUGCUGUUGGAUUUUCUGGAGUCAUCUUUGGUUUGAAAGUUCUAGUAACUCAUUACAGUCCCUCUGGUACCCAGUAUGCCCUGGGAUUUAUACCAGUGCCGAGCAAGUACAUUUUCUGGGCAGAACUUGUCCUUAUCCAGUUAAUUACCCCUAAUGCCUCAUUCGUGGGUCAUUUGGCAGGAAUUCUUGUUGGAAUGCUAUACAUUAAAGGACCAUUAAAAAUGAUCAUGGAUAGUUUUCUGCAGCCUUCUGAUUACAGACGCUUCUAUGGUGGAGGCUAUUCAAGAAAUAAUUACUCGGGCUACAGAAACCAGCCAGGAUAUGGAAAUAACUACCCUGGUUAUGGAAAUGCCGGGUACAGUGAUUACACAGGAGGCUUGUCUGAGGAGGAGCAGAUAAGAAGGGCCCAGGAGGAAAGCCUCCGAGGGACCAGAAAUUCUGAGAGACUUUAUCCAGACCUUGAUGAAUUAAGACAAAGAAGAGCUGAUCGAUUUAACUAGUGUUAGAAUACCAAGCAGACUAUAAACUCCAUUUACUUUGUGGAACCCCUAUCAUACAUAUUUUUUAUAAAGAGAAAAUUCUUCUACCAUGAUGUCUAUGUUCAUCUUCUUUUUUACUUAUACUGUGCAAAAAGCUUUGUUGAAUGUUUUAUUAAAGUUAUGGAAAUGAU